CCUAGAAGACAGGACUGCCUUUCGGGCCCGCCUGGGGGGACCAGCGGCGAACCACCCACCCGUGGAAGAAGCGCGCCCGGAGCGCGCGCUGCGACUGCUGUUGCUGCGCUUCGGCUUUCGCCCGCGUCCUUCGCUGGCACGCAGCCCAAGGUAGCCGCUGCCGCCGGGGCCCUUUAAGAGCCGCGCGCCCGCCCGCCCGCCCAGCCGGCCUCGCGGAAGGAAGGGCUGCGCCACAGCCGCCGCCCGGAGGAGGAGGAGGAGACGGAGACGCCGCAGCAGCAGCAGCAGCAUGGAGGGCGACUGCGCCGACGACUACAAGGCGUUCGUGUCCCUGCACGGGCCGGCGCUGCGCGCCUCGGCGGUGCCGCCCCGCUACUGGCAGAGCCUGUGGCGCAAACUGGAGAGCGAGGUGUUUGAUGCCGGGGAGUAUUUUGGGAUAAUGCAAGUGGAGGAGGUGGAAGAGGAAGAAGACGGCGAUGAAGAACUUGAGGGAGAACUGAAGAAGGUUUCAAAUCCUGGGAAUGAACUCUGCUACAAAGUGAUAGUAACUAACGAAAUGGGACUUCAGGCGGCAAAUUCUAACAGCAUUUUCCUCAUUGACCAUGCCUGGACAUACCGCGUUGAACAUGCCCGCCAGCAGCUUCUGCAGGUCCCUGGUCUGCUUCACAGAAUGGCCAACCUGAUGGGAAUAGACUUCCACAGAGAAGUGCCGGAUGAGAGAGCCGUCACUCAGGUCUUGGAGGAAAUGUGGAAAUACAACCAGACCUACCAGCUGUCACAUGGGACUGCAGAGGAGAAGGUCCCUGUGUGGUACAUUAUGGAUGAAUUUGGAUCCCGAAUCCAGCAUUCAGAUGAGCCCACUUUUGCAACAGCCCCCUUAUUUUACAUGAGGCAACAAAUUGCUUAUACGGUUCUCUGGCCCUUAAGGGACCUUGAGACCGGAGAGGAAGUGACCCGUGACUUUGCCUAUGGGGAAACUGAUCGCUUAAUCAGGAGGUGUCGGCUGUUGCCAUGGCUACCCAAUGAUGUUCUGGAGAUCAACUCUUUUACUGCAGAGCCAUCAGAUGAUCACUACCAGGCCAUCUUAAGUGAGAACAAGGAGACACUUCCCAUUCCAAUAAAGCUUCCUUUUUAUGGCAAGAAUAAAAUCUUCAGAGUUUACACAGACCUCCAACAGGUCCUUCAGAAUCUGACUCACCCCCGUUUUGAAUUUACGGACUCUGAGCAAGAAGCUGACAUUCUCUACAACUUCUCUCACUUCAAAGAUUACAGGAAACUGAGUGAGGAAAGGCCUCAUGUGAUGCUGAAUCAGUUUCCUUGUGAGAACCUCUUGACCGUGAAGGAUUGUCUGGCAUCCAUCUCACGGCGCAUUGGGGGCUCAGAGGGCCCAAAAUGGCUGCCCCGCACCUUUAAUCUUCAUACAGAAUUACCACAGUUCAUCAGUUACUUUAAGCAGCGUGAAAGGAGGGAAGAGGACAACCACUGGAUAUGCAAACCGUGGAACUUGGCCAGGAGCCUGGACACCCACAUCACAAGGAGUCUUAGCAACAUCAUCAGGCAGAGAGAGAGCAUCCCUAAGGUGGUAUCCAAGUACAUUGAGAACCCAGUGUUGUUCUUUCUUGAAGAUGUGGGAUUAGUUAAAUUUGACAUCCGUUACAUUGUGUUGUUGCGAUCAGUUAAGCCACUCCGGCUGUAUGUUUAUGAUGUGUUUUGGCUACGGUUCUCAAACAGAGCAUUUUCACUUGAUGACUUGGAUGAUUAUGAGAAACAUUUUACGGUCAUGAACUAUGCUUCUGGAGUCUCGUUAAAACAGAUCCACUAUGAUGAAUUUAUUCCUCUCUUUGAGAAACAGUAUCCUGAGUAUUCUUGGAAAUCUGUGCAAGAAGAUAUUUUCAAGGCAUUUGCUGAACUGUUCCAAGCUGCUUGUGCAAAACCUGCACCAUUUGGCAUCUGUGAUUAUCCAUCCUCACGAGCUGUUUAUGCCAUUGACCUGAUGCUUAAGUGGGAUACAUCCAGCACUGGCAAACGGUUUAUGCAGCCUCAGAUUCUGGAGGUGAAUUUUAACCCUGACUGCGACAGAGCCUGCAGGUAUCACCCAACUUUCUUCAACGAUGUCUUCAGCACCCUCUUCCUGGACGAAGCCAAGGAUUGCCAUGUGACUGCCAUUGUCUAGGGCUCGUCUUGGCUAUUUUGUGCUUCACAGCGAGAUGCUUAUAAUUUCAGUUCUAUGAGCUGCUUAUGCAAGAAUCUUUCCUGUACUGGCAAUCAAGACAGAAAUCUACUCAGUCAGGUGAAACAUGCAUAUAAUGUGCUUGAAAGCAGUUGUCUGGGUUGCCUUAAAAAAAUAAUUUUUUUUUACUUUCUUGCCUGUCUCAAUUACUUUAUCACUAGUUCACUUUCGCAAAGUGUAUGUUUUAUUGCAUUCUGAUGCUCACAGAAAUGCAGUAUCAAUUUAUUAUUUUUUUCUCAGUAGUUGGUAUAUUUUGUUGGUUACAAAGAAGUAUCCGUACAGCUUUUCCCAACGUGCUUUGUGUUUUUAUAACUUGCUGCAGAUUUACUGAGGCCAUUGUUUUUAUUAAGACCAUUGUGCUCCCGCAUCUUAAAAGCCUUUGUUUUACAAGUGAAUAUGAAGCAAAUUAUUUGAAAGCCAUAGCCGGCUCCUGUGCCCGCAGAAUGUCAAUAAACCAUGUCCCCACAAAUACCAGAAGCUGCCUUUGAAAUGACACAAGAGCAUCUGUAAUUUAUGUUUCUUGGUGUAUCAAGUCUUCACCUUGAGAAGUCACUUCAGCUUCCUUGUUUUGCGGUAUAAACCUUACUUGUUUCCAAUAUUUCCAUUCUUUAUUCUAGCAAAUAAAAUGGUUCAGCCACUGGCUUCCCCCUCCUGCCUCCCCCUACACCUUAAAAGCAUCACCUUUACAUGUUCAUCCCUUCCUUUAUUCUUGGCCUGACUACAGUGGUACCUCUACUUACGAAUUUAAUGCGUUCCGAACGCACAUUCGUAAGUCGAAAAAAAUUGUAAGUCGAAUCCCAUAGGAAUGCGUUGGGAGAAAAAAUUCGUAAGUCGAAGCAACCCUAUCUAAAAAUUCGUAAGUAGGAAAAAUCCUAUCUAAACCGCAACCAAGAUGGCGGACGGAGCUCCGUUCGUAAGUAGAGUUAUUCGUAAGUAGAGGUACCACUGUACUGCCCUCCCUUUUAAUGAGCUCUUAAUGUAUUUGAGUUGCAGCACUGCUGGGGCAGGGGAUAGUUCCCGAUAUCCCAGGCUUUUGCCAACAGGGAUGGUGGUUCAAACAUAUUUUUUAAAAGAAUUCACCUUGUGACAGGAGUACAUGUGUUUUAAAGCAGCAAGCCGACUUCCAUCUCUUGCUUAACACAGCCCAUCUUCUGCCAGCUGGACAACUCCAGUCAGAUAAAAUGUCCCCCUGUAAUACAGUGUUUCUUCCCUGCAGUGGGGUCUCCAGUACGGCAGCAAAGUAAAAAAAAGUUUUGCCUGGAAACUGAGUCUUGUCUCGCUGGUUUUAUGUGGGGCCAGAAUCAGGUUGCCUUUCAGCUCAGCCCCUUGGCAAAUUGCUGUGCUCUGGUCUUGUUUGUCCAUGCCUAAAAAUGAGCAAAAUGCCACGUCUGCCAUGAGCACUUACCGUGAAGAGGCAUUAGACUGGAAUAUAAGGGAUUGGUUGUUACAGCACUGCUUUUAAAUGCUGAAUUCUGCCAGCGCAUAUCUUUGCCAGAUAAGGUGCCAUUAGAUCGCGUCAUAUCCCCGAUGGAUAGGUUCUUCCUUCACUACUGAAUACCAGUUGCUAGAAACUGCAGGAGGGGAAGAGUGCUGCUGUGCUCAGAUCCUGCUUGCAGGCUUCUCACAGGCAUCUGGUUGGCCACCUUGAGAACAGGACGCUGGACCAGAUGAGUUCUUACAUCUAUACUCACCAUGUCUGGCUGGCCAGUAUCUGCUUUGUUUAUAGCAUCAACAAGUCUCGUCAAGAGUUUCUACCCAGCUCUUAGGAAGCCCAAAGGGUUUCCUGUGUAGGCCGGGAGACUCAAAUACACAAUAUAUUUUUCUAUUAAAGGUAAGUUAAAGAAAAGGUCUUUAGUUUCUCUAUGAAAAUCUCAGCAGGAAGAACUUCCAGACCCCUUGAAGCUCAAGAACUCCAUGACUUUUUCUACAGCGCUAUUCACCAAUGCAUGUGGCUACCAGACGGCUGCACCUGCAGGUCAAAUGUGCAUGCCGCCUCAAACACGGUACUUUCUGAAUGAAGACAGCUCAUAAUCAGACUGCAAACUCUUGUGAUGAGCAAGCAAUUGGGCGUACGUUUGUGUGUCAGUUUUAAAUCAAACCUUGCCAAGUGCAGAUCCCAAAUCAAGGACAUGUGGACAUAAGGACAACCUGGCUACAAAUACAUUCGUAAUCACAAUUUCUGGGUCCGUUACUGAAGUUUAUUAGAUUUAUUAAGCAAUAAACCUGAGACAGCAUAAUGGUUUAAGCAGUGGGGUGGUGGAACUGGAAUCCAACUUAGAAAAUGUUUCUU